AUGACAAACGACGACGACGACAAGAACCAGACGCUGCUCCAGCUUCGUGAGACCUACGGUGCUUCCGUUGCGACGCAGCUUGCGAGAAUAGUCCAUGACCAAAACCAGCAGGAGCACCACAGGCUCCUCUCGUUCAUUACGAGCCUCGAAUGUUUGCAACCAAAAGGCCUGCGGCUCAUCCGCAAAUCCAUCAAUUGUCUGCUGGAGCGGCAAUACGUUGCCCUGUCGUAUAACUGGCUGGCUUCGGAGAAUGAGAGUCCCGCUUCGGGUCGAUACCAGGUACCAGGCUGGGAUGGAUACACCCGGCGGAAGGAGAUCGACUCCUCUUAUGAUUUGCCACCAGAUUUACACCCGCGACUUCCCUUUGCGCUGCGGAAACUGCUGGAAGGAAGCAAGCUGCCCAGAGUGCGCAUCAGCCGCGACGACAAGGGCAACGUGCUCGCCAAGAUUGCCAAGGCCCGCCUGGCAGAUUGGCAAAUCUGGAUGCCGAACACUCCCUUGGACGCUCGCAUCAGCGUCAACCUGGAAUGGGAGUGGGAUGGCCCGGUCGAAGAGAUUGAGGCCAACCACUUGCCGAACCGCGACAAGGCGCCCAACCGGAACAAGAACCGACUUAGCUACACGCACGGCUUCUACCAGGUGGAUCUGACACAAGUCACGUACACCACACCCGGAAGGGCAUCCGCCAAGGAGCACGAGAUCGAGGUCGAAUUCGAUGGGAAUAUCCUCGUCGAGCAUGGUCGGCGCGAAAUGGCCAAGCAGCCGAUCCGGUACAUCGACCUCAUCGACGGUCUGCUCGACUCUGUGAGAGCCCUGGCGAGGCAAUGCCCUCACCCUCACUCUGGAUAG